UCAAUCAAGCUUGCCUCCGAUCAAACACAUCGAAAGCUGAAACCUAGACACAUACAACUUAUUGGCAUUGGUGGUACGAUUGGAACAGCGCUAUACGUGCAGAUAGGCAAAGGUUUGAUGCAUGGUGGCCCUGGCAGUCUGUUCCUGGCCUUUUUGAUCUGG